UUUUUCUUUUUCCCUUUUGGAGGUUUGGGUAUAUAUAUAUAGUUUCUGCAAGUCUUUCUUGUUAUUCACAUAUCUUCUGCACGCUAAUAGUUGUGGAGAUUCUUGUCUAUUUGUUUUGAUGGAAUAUGUUUUUAAAGCAAACAUUUCUGAAGGAAAAUGAAAAAUUCAGGUCUAAAGAGAAAAACUAACUCAAGAGAAUAGGUUUUUCCUAAGUUUUACUGUAAAAUUAUUCGCAAAAUGAAUUGAGUCGUAGAGAAAAUUUUUGGAUCUAUUUUCUGCCAAAACAGGCAGAGGCCAGAAAAUUUGGAAAAUUUUAGCUUGACCUUCUAACAUGAGUUGAUUGUGAUCGAGUCCUAGUUUAUUUGUUCGUUUCUCUACUGAUGCUUAGAUUGGUAAGAAAGUGAUGCAUAAUUUUUUUUCCUCUCUUUGCUGCCACUGUGCAAAUAGAUUUUAGGCGGUUGUUUGAUUUGGUGCUGUUCCACUAUGAGUUCUUUAUUCACAAAUUCAUCUGAGGUUGUUCCACUAUGAGUUGUUUAUUCACAAAUUCAUCUGAGGUUCGUCUGUUAAUUCAAUUGACGCUUGUUUUUAUCAUCUAAAAUGCUGCUAGGGAUGGCUCUGGAUGCCUACUUGGAGACCUACUUAGAUUCCAAUAGCCAAUUGGCAGCACCUCUGGUGGGACCUGAGUGGGUGGCUGGAGGCAUUCCAAGGUCCACCAUCUCUAACAGCUUCUUCCAAAAAGAUGGAACAUGGACCCAAAUAACACAAUGAACUCAAGUCUGAGUGUUUGGGCAAGUUCUUUGAUAAUAGAUUCUUUGUCCACAGAUGCCAACUUGUUACUUUCUGGAGGUCCCCAAUCGUGGAGAAGCGCUAGCACCAACAUGGAGUCCUACCUUAGCUUACCCUCAUCUCCUAUGUCAUUCUCAUCACAUAAUCUAAGCAUUUCAGGCUCUUCUGGUAUUGAUGAUUCCUCCGCAAUGGAACAGACAUCUCCUCUAGACAAAAAUUGCAGACAAGUGUGGAAAAGGCAGCAGCAGCAGCAACAGCAACUAGGAGUUGUUAAUGCUACAUCUCAGCCACCAUCUCAAACACAUUACCUUUCACUUCUUACUGGCAUAAAACAGGAGCCUGAUAAUUCUACCCAGAUGCCUAAAAAACCCAGACUAGAAGUCCAGGAAGAAGAUUUUCUGCACCAGCAGAUAAUUCAACAACUGCUGCAGAGGAAGGACUCUUUGCAAUUGCAAGGUCAUAAUCCGCACCUACAAGCCUGGAUUCAGCAGCAUAAAAUGCGAAAUCAGCAGCAUCAAAAGAUUUUGCAGUCUAUUCAACAGUUGCAAGGCGUUGACAUGCAACAACAGCAGCAACAAAUGAGGAACCAGCUGCAGCAGCAGGGUACACAUGAAGUAUCUGCCAUGCGCCCCUCUGAUUCUGGUAUAUGUUCUCGCCGACUAAUGCAGUACAUGUAUCAUCAGCGGCAUCGACCACCUGACAAUGCCAUUUCCUACUGGAGGAAAUUUGUAGCGGAGUAUUAUUCUCCUUGUGCCAAGAAAAGGUGGUGUUUAUCUUUGUAUGAUAAUGUUGGACAUCAUGCCGAAGGUGUUUUUCCUCAGUCAGCUAUGGAUACAUGGCAGUGUGACAUUUGUGGUUCUAGAUCAGGGAGGGGAUUUGAGGCAAUUUUUGAAGUGCUUCCUCGGCUUAUUAAAAUAAACUUUGAGAGUGGUGUUAUCGAUGAGCUUUUGUUCGUAGAUUUGCCUCAUGAAAGUAGAUUCUCUUCUGGAUUAAUGAUGUUAGAAUAUGGAAAAGCAGUUCAGGAGAGUGUCUAUGAGCAACUUCGCGUUGUUCGUGAGGGUCAACUUCGCAUUAUUUUCACUCAUGAUUUGAAGAUACUGUCUUGGGAGUUUUGCACAAGGCGUCAUGAAGAACUUUUGCCUCGUCAGUUGGUUGCACCUCAGGUUAAUCAGUUAGUUCAUGCUGCCCAGAAAUAUCAAACCACAAUGAAUGGAAGUAAAUCUGAUGGGUUUUGUGCACAAGAUUUGCUAGUAAAUUGCAAUAGGUUUCUGAGAGCUGGGCAUCAACUUGCAAGAAAUUUGGAGUUGCAGUUGGUAGAUGAGUUGGGAUUUUCAAAAAGAUAUGUUCGAUGCUUGCAGAUAGCUGAGGUCGUUGAUAGUAUGAAAGACUUGAUGAUUUUUGUGAGGGAUAGCAACAUUGGGCCAAUCGAGAGCUUGAAAAAUUAUCCUCGGGAAGCAACCACAGUCAAGAUUAAGAAAAAACAACUGCAUCACGGGGAGCAGCCAGAGAGUGGUCAAGAUUCCCUGAGCAACAGGGCUUCUAAUUUGAGGGAUAUCUCCAGUGGGCUUAUGACAGGCUCAGAAGAGGGAGCACUUGCACUGACCACUCGGUACCAGAAAAUGAUGCGACAAAGCUCCUUGAACUCAAAUUCAAGCACAGUGAAACGGGAACCUUGUUUGUUCAACAGUUCUAUCCCAGGUGCAUCUUCUUUACCUGUUCAGCGCCCUAAAUCCUCAAGUCCUGGACUCAUCCAGAUCCCCCCACCAGUUAAUUCCUCCUCGAGUGUCCAUUCUUCUCAAGGCAGUCAAAAUACGCAGCAUUGCAUGAUCCAGAAGUUACUUCAGGAGAUGAUGAACAACAACAGAGCAAAAGGGUUGCACAAUUCAAAUGGGGGUGAGGAAGAAGUCUUAUGCGGCAUUAAUACAAGUACAAUUGGUGGCUUACCUAAAAAGGCCAGGGGAACUAGUGUCGUUCGGAAUGAGCUAGGUUGUAGAGACAGCACUGCAGCUGUGGCCUCCCCAGCAAAUGUGUUGGGCAGUUUUGUCGGGAGGGACAAAAGCUUUAAAGCUGCGUCAAGCAGCAAGUCUUCUGGGACUAGUGAGAACAAUGGCCUCGUAAAGAGGGAACCAGAUUUGCCAGUGCCUGAAGCGGUCCAGGAUGUGGCCCACGGGCUCUAUGAGAAUGAUGUCUUCAAUGCUGACCAGGAGAGCAUGGAAUAUGGCUGGAAGGCAUAAGUAGUUCAUUUUGGAGGUUUUAGUUUUUUGGGUGGUCUACGAUAUUGGGCUGGUGGCUCAACACAGUUUGUACAGGAUCUUCUUAAAGAAGUUUUGAUGGGGUCUCAGGGUGGUAUACUGCUCUAGUUAUAAUAGACUAAUAGUUGUUGGUAGGCUUGUAGAAGCAAAUGUAACAAUGUCAGGAAUAUAAAUGGUAUAUUGAUGAGCAAUACAACCUUUGAAGUUUCACUUGUAA